AUGCUCCGAAUUGUGGCAGCUGGCGGCCGAGCAUCGCAGGCGCCCGAGGAGACGCAAUCUGAAGUGAAGCUCCUUCGAGCCGAGCUGCAGGACCAGAUGGCCCGCCAGAAGCACGAGCUGGCGGCUUGUCGGAAGUCAAUCCAUGAGCUGUCCAUCCAGCGCACCAAGUCUGAGGCUUCCAUCUCGGUGGCGCAGGAGGCAGCUUCCGAGAACAGAUUGGCUGAGAAGAGCUGUCAGCUACGUUGGCAGAGUGAGCACAGAAUGUGGUCUGAGGAGCGCAGAAGGCUGAAAGCAGCCAAUCAGAGAAAUCUGCAGGAGGAGGUGGACAGGUUCGAGCAGUGCAGGCAGCGGAUGUCGCAGGAGAUGAUGUCGUCCAGACGGAAGCUGGAAGGGGAAGCUCGCGAAGCAAGGCAAAGACAACGAGCUGCCGAAGGCAAGCUAAAGCGCAUGGAAGAAGCCGAGGAGGUUCAUCUUUCGCAUGCGGGCGAAGUCGCAGAGGCCCGGUUUCUGCAAGAGACCGCUGCCCAGGAGGCACAAAGAUUGCGGGAGCAACUGGGUCAAGCUGAAGCUGAAGUAUUGGCGCAGCAGAUGGACUUCCGUCGCCAAGUAGAUGCUUCUGCCAGGCUUCAGGACUCUUUCCGCCUCGAGUUGGUGGCCGCCGCAUCUGCCCGAGAGGCAAUGGUCCGGGACUGGCACUCGCAGAAGCGUCAUCUUCUCCAGGCGAUUGCCGCGGACAGGAAAGCGGAGGAAGAGAUAGCUGAAGAGCAGGCUGGCCUGGCAGAACAAGCGGCUCUCGUUGCAGCAGAGAGAGCACUUGAAGUACAGCGCCUGCAAGGCCUCUGUGAGGACGGACAGCACGACGUGCAGAAGCUCCGGGAGGACGUGGCAAUGCUGGAAGAUGCUGAGAGGACACUGAUCGGCGAGUUGAGUUGGCAGAAGGAGAUGCGGGAAGAAGACAUUGCACGGCUCCACACCGCCUGUGAGAAAUCCUUAGAAGGUCUGCCUCUGGAAUUUUACCAGGAACUCUGCUCGCAAGAGUCAGGUGAUUUGCGAAAGGUGCCUAUGACAGUCACUCGGUAUGGCCACAUGCUUGAGGCUGUCGGAGGUUGUGUGAAGACUCUCUUGAGGGAAAAUGCGGAACUGCAAGAGGCUCGACGAUCUAGUUUGGCCUCAUCCCCGCUGAUGCAAUCCAGCGACUCCGGGGUGUCACUCACUCAUUUGGCUCUGACUCCAUUGAGCAGUUGCGCACUCGGCAGAGAUUCCAACUCAGAUCGGAAUCGCAGUUCGACCGCCUCAGCAGCGAGACCUCGCGAGCAUCACCGCGAUGCACCAGAGCUCACUCGGCAGGUAUUUGCAGCCCAUCAGGAGCUUGCACAGUCACGUGAGGAGAUGAGACAGUUCAUGGUGCAGCGAGACCUGGAGCGGGAGAUGAGCGCACGAAGGUCCAGCCUGGAGAUGCUGAGAACACAAGAGCUCAGUGAGCUAAGCGACCAGAAUCAGAAAUACUUGGCCGAGCUCCAGGUUCUCCGCGAAGAAGUGCGCUCAAAGCAAGAGUUUGACGAUACCAAGGCGCAAGUCAUGGGCCCCGCAAUGUUGAGUACAGCCGUCCUGGCUGAGGAAGAGCUUGAGAAGGUGAACAGAACAGUGAGAAUUUCCCGCGCCGGCUGCGAUGCAACCAGCUCACUCCUCUCCACGAGCAAAUCGCUUGGAGAGGCACACGUUUGGCCAGUGGAGACACUAAGUCCAGCACCCGACGAGAUCACCAAGUCUCGGUGGCGCCGCGACGGAAGUCGAGACGCCUCCGCAGAGACAUGCGAAUCGUCAGUACUCGGAAAAGUACCUUCCAGGGUUUGGAAAUCCAGGUCAAGGGAUAGCUGUGGCACAGGCCAGGAAGUUGAAGGGCUUGUGCAGCCGAUGCCUUCGACUAGUGAGGGCGACAGCGAUCGGGCUCGCAUGCAGGCAGCAAAGGCAACAACAUUGGAGCGUGCAUUCUGUUGCGCGGAGCAGCUUUGUGAAAGGCAGCAGUACGCAGAAGCCUUGCCACUGCUCGAAGAGGUCGCCCAGUAUUGCGAUGGAAGCCCAGAGAUGCUCGGCACCACCAGGAUGAAGAUGUCGGAUGUUUGGGCAUACAUAGGCGUGGCCAGCCAGGCAGAGGGUCUGACAGAGAAAUCAAUCGCAUCGUACCGAAAGGCGAUUCGCGAAGAUUCCGCUUUGCAUGUUUGUCAUGCUAACUUGGCGAUGUUGUUGUCGUUCCAAGAAGAGCACAUGGAAGCCCAGCAUCAUAUGAGCCUUGCGCUGGCUAUCGAUCCUCAAAAUCACGCGUAUGCUAACUUGGCAAUGGAGUUGAGGAAUGCAUUGCAAGCAGGUACUUAA